UACCAAUCGCAAUCCAAUCUUAUGCAUUCUAUUCUGAUGAGACAAUCCCCAUUUCACGAACAACACAGCUGCCCGGCUCGGAAAAACGAAGAAUUUCCCAAAUUUCAGUCAAAACUGACACAGAAAAAGCCAAAAGAGAGACACUCAGGAAAAAAACGACGGGGUCUGCUCCCCACAAAUUUAAAAGGAAAAAAUAAAAGAAUAAAAAAUAAAAACCCACAAAAUCAGAAUUUUUCAAGUAAAAUAUUGGAAAUUGGGCAUUGCCAAUUGCCAUUUUAUCAGUUCCGUGCUCUGCUCUGCUCAGUUCUCUCGUAUGGCUGUCGCUAACCUUUCACUGAACCACCAAGUCCUCUGCUUCAGAGCCUCAUAUUCAAGAACAGAGCCAUGGCUUUCCAGCGCGGGAGCAACCCUCUUCAAGCUCCCGAAGAAUGCCCGCUUCUCCUCCGCAGUCACUUGCUCUUCUUCCACUUCCCAGCCCCAAGAAGCCAACACCCAGACCGCGGAGUCUUGCGUCAACACGGGCCUCCAACUCUUCUCGAAAGGCCGGGUUAAAGAAGCUCUGAACCAGUUUGAAACGGCUCUCACAUUGAAUCCUAAUUCCGUGGAGGCACAGGCGGCACUAUAUAACAAAGCUUGCUGCCAUGCCUACAGAGGGGAAGGAAAGAAAGCAGCGGAUUGCUUACGUUUAGCUCUAAGGGAGUACAACCUUAAGUUUGGCACUAUUCUCAAUGACCCAGACUUGGCAUCCUUCAGAGCACUGCCUGAAUUCAAGGAACUUCAGGAAGAGGCUAGAUUAGGUGGAGAAGAUAUAGGCUACAGUUUCCGAAGAGAUCUGAAGCUCAUCAGUGAAGUCCAAGCACCAUUCCGUGGGGUUCGAAGAUUCUUUUCUGUUGCACUCUCUGCAGCUGCUGGGAUUUCAUUGUUUUUCACUGUACCAAGGCUAAUUCGCGCAAUUCAAGGUGGAGAAGGUGCUCCCGACCUCAUAGAAACUGCUCAAAAUGUUGCCAUAAACAUCGGAGGUAUAAUUGUUCUUGUUGCGAUAUUUCUCUGGGACAACAAAAAGGAGGAAGAGCAGCUCGCACAAAUAUCCCGAGAUGAGACUUUGUCGAGGUUGCCUCUGCGCCUCUCAACUAAUCGAGUGGUUGAACUCGUGCAGCUCAGAGAUACAGUUAGACCAGUUAUUUUGGCAGGAAAGAAAGAAACGAUUGCCUUGGCAAUUCAGAAAGCUGAAAAAUUUCGAACUGAGCUCGUUAGACGAGGUGUUCUUCUAAUUCCAGUUAUAUGGGGCGAAGGAAGAGAACCACAAGUCGAGAAAAAGGGCUUUGGUGCCUCUCCCAAGGCAGCUACUGCUCUGCCUUCUAUUGGGGAAGAUUUCGAAAAACGGGCUCAAUCCAUAACUGCAAAAUCAAGAUUGAAAGCCGAAGUAAGACUUAAGGCGGAGGUUGUGUCACCGGCCGAAUGGGAAAGGUGGAUAAGAGAUCAGCAAAAAUCCGAAGGAGUGACUCCUGGGGAGGAUGUUUACAUUAUACUGCGACUUGAUGGCCGUGUACGGAGAUCAGGCAAAGGCAUGCCUGAUUGGCAACAAAUCGUGAAGGAGCUGCCGCUGAUGGAAGCAUUACUAAGCAAGCUCGAAAGGUAGACAGGUAUAUUUCUGCGGCCAUUGUUGCUGCUGUUUAAUGUAACUGAUUAUUAUACCUUAGAAAUUUUUGACGAAUAUAUAAAGCAAUUCAUGUCUUUUUAAGUCUGUCAGUGUUUUCAUUCACUAAAUUCAUACAUAGGUUGGACCUUCUGUACUAAUGUUUAACCACCAGAAGAAGCUGCAUGACCUGUAGAAUUGCUAAUGACUGGGCAUUGUUUUACAAUCCUUCUCUUCAAUUUGCAAACAAUUGGAACACAUCCUGCUUUUCACUUAGCUUGUUAGACGGUUAUCGGGGUUUUACUUGUUUUGGAA